AUGGGGUGUGGCAGAAUCCAGAUAAUUACUCUGUGUUCGCUGCUGCUUCUUUUUCCUGUCAUUCAUGGUUGGGGAACUGUUGGCCAUCUCACAGUUUGCAGAAUUGCUCAGUCUAGGUUGAGCAAAGCAGCAGCAGAUGCAGUGAAGCAGCUGCUUCCUGCGUAUGCAGAAAAUGACUUGGGCAGUCUGUGCAUAUGGCCAGAUCAUGUCAAGUUUAUUUAUCACUGGUCCUCUGCCCUUCACUACAUUAAUACUCCUGACAACCUUUGUAAUUACCAAUACAAUAGGGACUGCAAAGAUGAAAAUGGAGAGAAGGGGCGCUGCGUUGCAGGGGCUAUUAACAAUUAUACCUCACAGCUUCUCACUUACAAUAGCCAUUCUUCUCAGCCUAAAUAUAAUCUCACGCAAGCGCUUCUGUUUCUUUCCCAUUUCAUUGGAGACAUCCAUCAGCCUCUGCAUGUAGGUUUUACUUCAGACAAGGGCGGCAAUACAAUUGAUGUUCACUGGUACACAAGGAAGCAAAAUCUUCACCAUAUUUGGGAUGACAACAUAGUCGAGACAGCAGAAGAGAGAUUCUAUGACUCCAAUGCGGAAGAACUGGUUGAUGCAAUUAAACAAAAUAUUACGACUGAAUGGGCGGAUGAAGUUAAGGGUUGGGAGGCCUGCAGCUUGAAUAAGACAGCAUGCCCAGACGUAUACGCAUCUGAAGGCAUCAAAGCGGCCUGUGAUUGGGCAUACAAGGGUGCAGAAGAAGGUUCAGUGCUAGAAGAUGACUAUUUCCUCUCCCGGCUGCCAAUAGUCAAUUGGCGGUUGGGUCAAGGUGGAGUCCGACUAGCAGCCACACUCAACCGUAUCUUCGGGUGACAGAACAGUUGUUCUGCUUCAAGUUGAUUAGAUUUCAAGAAGCAUGCCUCCAAAUUUAAAACCAGUGUAGUAAAUUAUGUAUUGUCCAUGAAACUUUUUAGCAACUGAUGAAAAUAUAUCACUAAUUUCAAGGUCUAGUAAUCUCUUUGUUUCUAAA